AUGGCCAAUUCCAAACGGGAUUCAAUUCUCGUGGACAUUCAAAAGUCCCUUGUUCAGCUCCAGCAAGUCAUCGGUGCUUCGUUGCGACCUCUUCCUACAGAGACUGGGGAUGGCACUUAUAUCACCCAUACCACGCCCACCGGGUUGAUCAAUGACCUUCCGCAUGUAAAGCCGAAGGACGUUGAAACCCUCAUUGAUGUGGCCAAGGCCGCUACAACCGGCGAUCCCCAGAAUGACCGAGACUACAUCAUGGAACGGGUCAUUCAACUGGCUGCCGCUCUCCCCACCUCGUCGCGCAAUGGCCAGGCUCUGACUGAUGCCUUCAUUCGUAUGCUCUGGAAUGGUCUUCAACAUCCGCCCACAUCGUGUUUGGGUAAGGAAUUCAUCUAUCGAGCGGCAGAUGGCUCCAACAAUAAUCUCUACUGGCCUCAAAUUGGUGCCGCCGGUACACACUAUGCGCGAUCGGUGGAGCCGAAGACGAUCUUACCUGGUGCUCUUCCAGAGCCUGAGGUGCUGUUUGACUCGCUCCUGGCCAGGAAGACUUUUACUCCGCAUCCCAACAAGAUCUCCAGCGUUCUUUUCUACCUCGCCUCGAUCAUUAUCCAUGACCUGUUCCGAACCGAUCGGACUGAUUUUUCUAAAUCGCUCACAUCGUCGUACCUCGAUCUCUCCCCUCUGUAUGGGAGCAACCAGGAGGAACAAAAUGCCGUUCGCACCUUCAAAGACGGAAAGCUCAAAGCCGACUGCUUCUCUGACACACGGGUUCUUGGAUUCCCGCCUGGCGUCGGAGUUCUUCUGAUCAUGUUCAACCGGUUCCACAACUACGUCGUGCAGAACCUGGCAGUGAUCAACGAGGAUGGGCGCUUUACAAAACCAGAUGAAUCCGACACGAAGGCGUAUGCGAAGUACGAUAAUGACCUGUUCCAAACCGGCCGCCUUGUAACUUGCGGACUCUAUGUGAAUAUCAUCCUGAAGGAUUAUGUCCGCACCAUCCUCAAUCUCAACCGGACAAACAGUGUCUGGGCCCUUGAUCCCCGUACCGAUAUGAAGAACACUGCCUUCGGUGAGGCUCCGCCGAAGGCGACUGGAAAUCAAGUCUCGGCCGAGUUCAAUCUGCUUUACCGUUGGCAUGCUUGCAUUUCUGAACGCGACGAAAAGUGGACGGAAGGCCUGUAUAACAAGCUCUUCCCAGGAGUCCCAUCCAGCCAGAUUAGCGUGCAACAAUUCGUUGAAGGCAUAGCCCGAUGGGAACGCGCCCUGCCGGCUGAUCCUCAGGAGCGGCCAUUUGCGGAUCUGAAACGGGGAGCAAACGGAUCAUUCGAUGAUGACGACCUCGUCAAGAUCUUCAAAGACGGCGUUGAAGAUUGCGCUGGAGCAUUUGGGGCUUCACAUGUCCCAACAGUUCUCAAGGCUGUCGAGGUGCUGGGUAUCAGGCAGGCACGCUCUUGGAACCUAGCAACCCUCAAUGAAUUCCGAAAAUUCUUCAAUCUCACUCCACAUCAGACUUUUGAAGACAUCAACUCGGACCCUUACAUAGCCGAUCAGCUCAAGCAUUUGUACGACCACCCUGACUAUGUGGAAUUAUAUCCUGGACUUAUCAUUGAAGAUGCGAAGGAUACAAAAGUUCCUGGCAGCGGCCUGUGCACCAACUACACGAUUUCUAGAGGCAUUCUAUUCGAUGCAGUCGUCCUGAUCCGGGGUGAUCGCUACUGCACCGUCGACUGGAACCCGAAGAACGUUACCCGCUGGGCGUUUAACGAGGUGAAUUACGAUAACUCGGUCGAUCAGGGCCAUGUUUUCUAUAAGUUGGUCUUCCGGGCGUUCCCUGAACACUUCAGGCAGAACUCCAUCUACGCGCAUUUUCCGCUAGUUGUCCCUUCUGAGAACCAGAAGAUUCUCACAAAUCUUGGUGUGGUUCAGAAUUAUAGCUUCGACGCCCCAAGCAGAGUUCCUCCGCCCGAAUUCAUCAAUUCUUAUGCUGCCGCUACGGCCAUCCUUUCAAACCAGGAAAAUUUCAAGGUUACUUGGGGUGAGGCUAUCGAAUUCUUGAUGCACAAACAUAACCACCCUUAUGGCAAGGAUUUCAUGCUUUCCGGAGAUGAUCUCCCCAAUGCCGCGUCGCGGAAAAGGAUGCACACAGCGCUGUACCGCGAACACUGGGAAAGCGAGGUCAAGAAGUUCUACAAGGACAUCACACUCAAGCUUCUCUAUGAGCAUUCGUACCAGAUUGCUGGUGUGAAUCAGGUGGAUAUCGUGCGCGAUAUCGCGAACCUCGCUCAGGUUCACUUCUGUGCGAGUCUUUUCUCUUUGCCGCUCAAGACCGAAUCGAACCCACGCGAGAUUUAUUCAGACACGGAACUCUACUUGAUCAUGGCCGUUGUCUUCACUUGUAUCUUUUUCGACGCCGACAUUGGGAAGUCCUUUCCACUUCGCCAAAUCGCUCGAAACCUGACACAGCAAUUGGGAGAGCUUGUCAUGGUCAACGUCCAGCUCAUCAACAAAACCGGGUGGAUCACCCAGUUGGUAGGUCGUCUCCAUCGGCACGAUGCUCUCGCCGACUAUGGUAUCCACAUGAUCCAACAAUUGCUCAAGACUGGAGUGCCCGUGGACCAGCUCGUGUGGACACAUCUCCUGCCCACUGCAGGUGGCAUGGUGGCCAACCAGGCUCAGCUUUUCUCCCAAUGCCUGGAUUACUACCUUUCGGAGGAAGGAUCGAUCCAUUUACCGGAGAUCAACCGUUUGGCGAAACCGCCCCUCGACGUUGAGGCUGAUACGAUGCAUAGCUUCAUGGAGGGUGCUAGACUUGGCGCUACUGUCGGAUUGUACCGUGAUGUUGCGCAGCCGACAGUUGUCGAAGACAAUGGUAAGAAGCUCAAUUUGAGGGCUGGUCAACGUGUCCUCUGCAAUCUGAUAGCAGCAUCCAAAGACCCGACCGCUUUCCCCGAACCGGACAAAGUCAAGCUUGAUCGCGACCUCAACUUGUACAUACACUUUGGUUAUGGGCCACACCAGUGCUUGGGAUAUGGGAUCAGCCAAAUCGCACUCACCACGAUGUUCAAGGUCGUCGGGCGGCUGGAUAACUUGCGCCGGGCGCCGGGUGCUCAGGGCCAGUUGAAGAAAAUUCCUGCUCCUGGCGGCUUCACCAUGUACAUGACUGCAGACCAUAGCAGCUUCUUCCCCUUUCCAACGACUAUGAAGAUCCAGUGGGAUGGAGAUAUUGUGCCUAUGUGA